GCGGAGGUGCCCGAGGGCGCGGCAGUGCCCGAGCUGGUGAAGCUCCGGCAGGCACGGGACGACAAGCUGGCAGCAGAGAAGAAGCAGGCCCUCGAAGAGAAGCAGAAGCAGCGACAGGAGGAGCGGGCGAAGCUCAAAGAGCGGACCGAGGCCUACGAGAAGGAGUAUGCCGACACCGCAUCGGAGCUCGUGAAGCUCCGCCGGGAGGCGAAGCUCAACGGAAACUUCUUUGUGGAGCCGGAGGCGAAGUUGCUCUUCGUUGUCCGCAUUGCGGGCAUCAUCAAGAUGAGCCCAAAGCCCAGGAAGGUGCUCCAGCUGCUCCGACUCAAGCAGCUGCACAAUGGCGUGUUCCUGAAGGUGAACAAGCCCAUCCUGAACAUGCUCAAGCUCGUCCAGCCGUAUGUGACCUAUGGCUACCCAUCCUUGAAAACGGUGCGUGAGCUUGUCUACAAGCGCGGCUUCGGCAAGGUGAACAAGCAGCGCCUUCCCCUCGCAUCGAACGACAUCAUCUCAGACAACUUGGGCAAGUAUGGCAUCCAUGGCAUGGAAGACAUCAUCCACGAGAUUUACACUGUCGGCCCAAGCUUCAAGCAG